AUGAUUGGUCGUUUAAUGGAUAUUUUGCAUCGGUUUUAUUUUUUCUUGUUCGAUCGAUUAAUACUCUAUCCACUGUUAAACUUGCUGUGCAGUAAGCUUAGUAUACGAUUCAUGAAUCUUGGAUACCAGAGUAAGGAAGAUGAGGAUUUCCCAAUCUUGGGAAAAUUAUUCGAAACGGACAAUUGCUGUAAAGCUAAUAUCACACUUUACGAAAAAGCAUUAAGUUUAUGUCCCAAGUAUCCCAAUUUUGACGGAUUACAGUUGCUCGAAGUUGGCUGUGGUCAAGGUGGUGGUAUCGAAUGGAUCUUAAGGGCGCAUUCAUUUGCAGCUGUAAGUGGCAUUGACCCAAUCAUUGCGAAUACAUAUUCCGGAAGAAUUUUUAGGGGAAAUGCGGAAAAAUUGCCAUUUGUCAAUGAUUCAUUUGAUAUCAUAAUAAAUAUCGAAAGUAGUCAUUUGUACGGCAAUUGUCAGCAGUUUUUCCUGGAAUGUUCCCGAGUUUUACGUGAAAAUGGGUUUUUAUGCUGGGCCGAUCUUCGCUAUACUCAUCAGUUGAAAACAACCAUGAUUCAAGUACAAAGAUCUGGUCUACAACUCAUUACAACAGAAGAUAUCACAGAACAAGUACUACGAGGUAUUGAAUCAACGGCAGCAAGAUACGAUGCAAUGCUUCAAAAUGCACCCUACUUAAUCCACCUUUUUCGAAACUCCAUUCGAACUACAUACUGCGCACCGGGAACGAAAAGUUACGAACGCCUUUUGAAACGUGAAAAAAUGUACAUUUGUGCGUGCUGGCAAAAUUACAAGAAAAUCAAAUCUGAUUAA